AUGGCAGAUGUUGCUGCAUGGACGGAGGAGCAGCUGGCAUCGAUCCCAGAUGAAACUCCUUCCCUGGAGAGCUGGAUGAAGCCUCUGGCUUGCCUCAUUUGCAAGAAGUCAUUCCCCACAACGCUUCAGUUCCAAGAGCAUCUGAUGUCUUCUUCGCAUGUCCGCGUUAUGGCGAAACAUAGGAGGGACUGGAAUGACAGACGCAAAAGGCAGAUUUUGGAGGAUGCCCACAAGGCCAAGCAGCAGCAUGAGGAGGCCGAACCGGAGCAGUCCGCUCCACCAAAGAAGCUGAAGACACAACCUGAGCCCUUGGCAAUUGAGGUCAUGCCUGAUGGGGUGGAGAUGCCAGAGGAGAGGGCAGAGAGGAACAUGCCAGAGAAGAGGGCGGGCGUAGCAUUCGACGUCGAGCCCGAGCCCGAGCACAGUGAGAAAGAGGAGCUGAGCGCACUGGUGGACAAGGAGCUCGGAAGGGGAGGCGCAGUCGUUCAGCGGGCCAGCGCGCUCAACAUCUCUCUGAAGUUGUUGAAUAGCAUGACCUACAUCCGCAUCUAUCGCUUGAAUGGGGAGCUGCUUGAGUUCUGGCUGAUGGCUCGAGAGGCGGAGGACCUGGUAGUGAACAGAGAUGUGAAGAGAUUCCUUGGAAGAUGUGCCGGUUCAGCGGACGGGCCUAUGGCGUAUGCGGUGCGGCUGGUACACAUGAAAGACAAGCUCGAGCUUCAGGACGAAGAUCUGAUCAACUGGGCUUGGUUGGACGCAGGCGCGCUUCAGUAUGUCCUGGUAGAUGCGCUUUCACUGGAUCCGAAAGAUGUCCUCUCCGGCGAUGAAUUGGUGUUCUUCUACAAAGAUGUCUGCCAACUUAUGAACCCAGAGCUCCUCAUGACCUACGCGUUCCAGGUCUCCAAGCACAACGGCAUUAAGUAUUGCCAAAAAGUACUGGACGCUUGGGCUUCCGCAGUGCUAAGUCUUCCUUGCGAUUGCGUCAAUGAUAUCGAGAGCCCUCCCGGGAAGUCCUUCCUCAGCCGCUGCUUGGCCCUGCUUUGUGCACUUCAUGAUGCAGAAGACGUGUUCCGUAAAGAGUAUCGGCUCUACCGUGGCCGCCAGGAGUCUGAGGAAGACAGGAGACGCCGUCUCAAGAAUGACUUCUACGAUGGGCACAUGCCAGGUGAAGAUCUUGAGGACAUUCUUCACAGAAGCUUCGCCGGCGCAACCAUCCGUCUGAUCAGCGAUAGGUUACGCGUUGAGACUGUGGAGCACACCUUCGCGUUGCCCAGCGAGACCGUCAAGAACGACCUCUUUCAGCUCGUAGCUCAAAACAUUGGAGGCCGUUACCAUCCAGGACGACUCUCUAUCGGGCUUGGAUCAGAUCUCAUGGUUGCCCUCAUCAACAAGGGCCUUCCUCGAUGGUGUUGGUCUGGAUUCAACCUACUUCUUCACGUGCUGGAAGGGGUUCGUGUCACAGGUGAUUGCGAGGAGCCACUGGGGAUUUACUCAACAUGUUUUGCUUUGAACAAGAGAAUCUGUCUGCUUUAA